AUGCAGACUCGGCAGGAGCUGAGCGGUGGCUGCAGACGAGGCAGUAGGUCUCAGCGAGAGUCGCCUGGAAGGCCUGCAGAGAAUCUGUCCAGAUUUGGAGCCCAAGUAGAUCGACCAGUUGGAAAAGUCCACUUGAUGGCGACAGGGUCAGCAGCGAGCUGGCCGUUGGCAUCCAGGACAAGUUUAUGGCCUUUCCCACAGAUUCUUAGUGGUAAAGAGAGUCCGGAGGAGCUGCUGGCAGUCGUCCCAGGUCUUUUGUUCAAUCCUUUGACCCAAAAUCCAUUUCAUGUCUUUACCACUGCACACUGUCCCUAUAUUACACUGACUUUUACUAGUAAAAAUAGUGAUACAAGUGGCUGGAUUGAGCAACACUUAAAUCUCAAGCCUGUCAAGUACAAAUAUGAGAAGUUCUCUCAUCCAAGUCCAUGCCUGCCUUCUCCGCUUCAUUGCUUUCGUGAAAGCAAGAUGAAGUUCACAAUUGUCUUUACUGGACUUGUUGGAGUCUUCCUAAUUCCUGCCCUUGCUGACUAUAAUAUCAACAUCAGCGAUGACAACAACAGUGCCGGCAGUGGGCAGCAGUCCGUGAGUGUCAACAACGAGCAUAACGUGGCCAACGUGGACAAUAACGAUGGAUGGAACUCCUGGAAUAGCCUCUGGGACUAUGAGACUGGCUACGCUGCAACCAGAUUCUUUAGCAAGCAAUCAUGCAUUGUGCACAAAAUGAACAAGGGUGCCAUGCCCUCCAUUCAAGCCCUUGAUGCAUUGGCCAAGGAAAAGCAGGGUAAGGAACCAGAGGGACCACCUCCCAAAGGCCUGAUGUAUUCAGUCAGCCCUAACAAAGUCAGUGACCUGAACAAAUUUGGAAAAAACAUCGCUAGCAUGUGCCGCAGCGUUCCGACAUACAUGGCUGAGGAGAUGCGAGGAACAAGCCUGUUAUUUUAUUCAGGACGCUGCUUCCAAACCAGUAUACUGUGGGUUGUAGACAUUUCCUUCUGUGGAGGGACGGCUGCUGACUAAAAAGAAUUUUAAAAACCGCUAUGGAUUUCAUCAACAGAAUAUGCUACACAGAAAAAGAUGCAUGCUAGUCAUUCUUACCAUGUCAUUCUCAAAAUGUUUUCUGCUAGUUAUGUUCGAUUUCUUUAAGUUGCAAUAAAUCCAUUUGGCACUGAAUUCAUUUUACACUAACAGUCCUUAUGA